AUGAGCCCCAAGAAGGGUAAAACCGGUCGUGGGCUGUCGAAGAGUCUUCAGCAGCAUUCAUGUCACGUGUCCGGAAUCAAACUCCAGGCACUGGUUACGAACUCUAAUAAAAGCCAAACUCGAGUCCAGUGGACUCAACAGAAUAAUUUCGCCAGGGCAGGAGGACCGCCAGAACGUGAGUGGCACUGGUUACGAACUCUAAUAAAAGCCAAACUCGAGUCCAGUGGACUCAACAGAAUAAUUUCGCCAGGGCAGGAGGACCGCCAGAACAACAUGAGGUUGAUGGAAACUCAGAGACUGCGCCUACCUGAUGAGUCCCAAGAAGGGCGAAAUCGGUCGUGGGUUGUCGAAGAGUUUCCAGCAACCUUGUGA